AUGUCUGCCAACGACUACUACGGCCAGCAGCAGCAGGGCUACGGCCAACAGCAGGGUUACGGCCAGCAGCAGAACUACGGACAGGGCGGAUACCCUCAGCAGCCAAGCUACGCUUCCCAGCCUCAUCAGCAACAGCAUGGCAACUAUCCCCCCCAGUCACACUCCCCGUACCAGCAGGGCGGCGGCUACAAUGCCCCUCCCCAGCAGCACCAGCAGCACGGAUACGGAGGACCUCAACAGCCCACCUACGGCCACGACAACCGCAGCACCUCUCCUUACCCUCCUCCUCAACAGCAAUAUGGUCAGCAGGCCUACCCCCCCGGAGGCCAGGGUGGCCCGGUUGGACCCGAUGGUGAGCGUGGCCUUGGCGCCACCCUCGUAGGCGGCGGAGCUGCCGGAUGGGCCGCACACAAGGCCGGAGGUGGUCUCCUCGGCACACUGGGUGGUGCGGUCGCCGGCGCUAUUGGUGCAAACCUUUUGGAGAACAAGUUUGAGGGCAAGCACAAGAAAGACAAGAAGGACAAGAAGGACAAGAAGAAGGAGAAGAAGUGGAACAAGGAUCGUAAGCGCGGCGGCAGCAGCUCCAGCUCCGACAGCGACUAA